ACUCAAGAUGGACGAGCUCAAUGUAGAAGUCCUCGGUCCUCACGGGGCGUAUUAUAAGGCAACUGUGAUGGACAUGAUAGGAGAUGAGGUCCUAGUGCGCUACGAGGGGGACUGGUGCCAGGAGACCCGUGUAGCCAUGACAGGUGUCAGAUUACCUCCCCCUGGGGGUCCUUCACCCGUUGAAUAUCCAGAGGGUACAGAGGUGGAGAUCUACGACCGCUUGAUGAAUGCUCCUUACUCUGCAUAUUGGAAAGCUACGAUAAAGAUGUCCAAAGGAGAUUUCCACGUUGUAGAAUUCACUGGAUUACAGUUAACAAGCGGUGAGAACAUCUUCCCGUCAGAGAAGAUCAGACUGAGAAACCCCAACCCUCCCAUCACACCUAAGACCUUCUACAAAGUGGAGGUGGAAGUACCAGAGGACAUCAGAGAUUAUGCUGGUACAGAGGGUGCUCACAGAGCGUUCAAGAAAGCGUGCCUAGCGUCUAGAUGUGUAUUCAACCCAGAAACCUACAAGUUGAUUCUUCUUUCAAAGAAUGAUCAGACUCUCAAGUUAGCCAACAUGUUAUCAGAUAUGCACUUCAGAAAUCUGAAACAGAAAGUAGUUUUACUUUAUCGAACAGAAGAGGCAGCCAAACAGUUAGAAUCCACGAGACUUCAAUCCACAGCGGGAUACAUAGAAGAAUUUAGUGUACGAGAUGACCUUAUGGGUCUAGCCAUUGGUGCACAUGGAGCUAACAUUCAACAAGCCCGGAAAGUUGAAGGAGUAACUAAUAUUGAACUAGAAGAAAAUACUUGUGUUUUUAAGAUCUAUGGAGAGUCAGAGGAAGCUGUUAAAAAAGCCCGUGCAAUGCUUGAAUACAGUGAGGAGUCAGUGCAAGUACCGCGGGUUCUGGUAGGGAAGGUCAUUGGCAAAAAUGGACGUGUCAUACAAGAAAUGGUGGACAAGUCCGGCGUGGUGCGGGUAAAGAUUGAAGGGGACAAUGAACCCGAACCCACCACCCCCCGGACAGAGGGCCAGGUCCCCUUUGUCUUCGUCGGCACAGUUGAGGCCAUCCACAACGCUUCCGUUCUACUAGGUUACCACCUAGCGCAUUUGAAAGAAGUUGAGCAGCUCAGACAAGAAAAACUUGAAAUCGACCAAAAGUUAAGAAAUAUGCACACGACAAACAGCCUAGGAAGUAAUCAAGGUUAUCCAGCCCGUAGGAACGAUAGAGGGUGUUACUUUCACAGAGGAUGCAACAGCGACGUGGAGACGAGCAGCCGUGGUGGGCGAGGCAGAGGUGGUCCACGGGGUGGACGUGGGCGGGGAGGAGGCGGCAGGGGAGGAGAUCGCUACACCAACGACCGUUCCGGAUCUGGGCACUGGUCGCGGCAGGCCACGCCGGACUGGGAGGAGGGCGACGCCUCGCUCCCGCCUAGGACCUCGCGCCGCCACAACGAGGAGCGCCGACGCGUCGCUGACGAGGAGGAGACGGUCCUGGACGCCGCUGAGACCGGCAGCGUCGGCAGCCUGGAUCGAGAUUCCGUGACGAGCGAGGGCAAGAGGCGCCGGCGCCGCCACCGCAAGUUCCGGCGUCGCGGCGGCGGCGGCGGCUCCGAGAUGGGCGACGGCGAGGGCUUCGGGACGUCGGCGGACGAGGGCUGGGGCAGCGAGGAGAACUGGGGCUCGCACACGGGCGAGAGCUGGCACGCCAACACUGGCGAGAACUGGGGCUCGCACGGCGCCGGCGAGAGCUGGCAUGCCAACGCCGGCGAGAACUGGGACGCUCAGCCCCCGUCCGCGCGCGCCGCUAAAGAGCGCACUCCGGGCGGCGACUACGGGCCGCGUCGGGGCGCCGGCCGGGGCCCCCCUGAUGCGCCCUCCAGCCGCGAGGGCACGCUAAACCGUAGGCGGCCGCCACGGCACGAGGGCACACCCGCCAGGCAGUCCCCUGCCCGUCGCCCGCCCCCGCCUCGCAAGCCCGCGCAGUCGGCCGUGAACGGCAACUAGAGCGUGUCGCCGCCGCCGCCAGAGCCCGAGGGAUGGCCCCCUUCCCUCCCUCCCCCCCGCCGUGCGACGUUCGCUCCGUCUAGUGCUGACGGCGGACGUUGCGUGGCCACGUGUGCGCGCACGCCCACGGGCUGGACUGCUCUGACUGACAGGUGUGAAGGAGAGCCAAUAAAGAUAAAACGAAAGAAAAAAGUUUCCCAGUGAGGUAAUCCACCCAUUUGACGACCAAACCCGGACUUCAGUAAUUGUUUUCUUGCUCGGUCACUCAUCGGAUACGGAUGGACUUGAUGUUGACUUGUGCCACAGCGACAGCGACGCGAGAGGGAGCAAGGCCUGCGAUGGAGAGGCCGGGACCAGCUGCGACGAGAGUCCCAGGGAUUUGCGUUUCAUGAGAAUUUCUAUGGAACGACUUGGGUCCCUGAAAAAGGAAAAAGGACGCUUAAUGGAACAAAAUAGGAACAAAAGUUUUUCUUUCUCUUUUUAUUUUUUCUCGAAAUGGUGGUUUACAUCACGACUCUAUAUGGUACUUUAAUGAUAAAAUGUGUUCAAACUUGACUUCUCUCUAUUGAAAGGUGACCUGUAUCUAAAAACAAAAAAUACCCCCAAAAAACGAAAAAAAAAUUUGCCUUGAAAUUUGAACUAAUGACAAGCAUGCUUCAGAAUUUGAUGGAUAUUUCCUUUAUAUGCAGUUUUUUGUACGUUGUGACUAACAUGUAAACAAAACAAAACAAAAAAAAGCUUUAGUAGCCAGGAAUGUAGAAGAGUUCGAAUAGUUGUGAAACUUGUCUCAUUCCGACAAAAAAUAUAAAGUCACGUUUAGUAUCUGUUGAAAA